AUGUCGCUCGGACACCACCACACCUGGAUGCCCCCGGGCCAUCUGCGCCCACCCGAUGAUCAAACCGAAUUCCGGGGUGUCAAUGGCUAUACAAAAUAUUUCACCGGUUCCAAAACCCCCCAGAUGCGCGCCUCGGCUGAUGCCGAUGGGCCGCCCCAUGGGGCCGGUUUGAUAUCAGAUGCUGAUAUGACCGCCGAGGAGGACUCGCGCAUUUCCACAUUUCGCGACCUAUACAAAGACAGCGAGGCGAAAAUUAAUAACCUCUUUGCGAAUCAGCGGAUUGCCGAUGACUCGGUCCGCGCUCCCCCCGGGGACCCUGACCCGUCCGGGGCCAAGGACCAACGCGCCGACGGGCCGGCUUCACCUCCGCCGCCCCCUAAGAAGCCCGCGAGGAAGCUGGAUGACGACGACUAUGAUGAUUACGACGACGACGACGACGAUGACGAGGCACCCUCCCCCCCUAAACCCAAGCCCCCUGUUCGCGAACCCAGCGCCGCAGUCCAGUCACCCAGUCGCGGUCAUACCGGUUCGGUGUCGGGGACUGCAAAUGGCACCAAACCCAUAAAGAAGGAAACCGUGGAGGACAUCCGCAAGAAAUUGGCAGAAGACAAGAAGGCGACUGAGGAGUCGGCGAAGAGGAGCUUCCACACCCUGUUCUAUACACUGGAAAAUGACAGGGAUGCCAUGCUGGACCAGCAACGGCUCGAGGAGUCGGAGCGGCAAGUUGAGGCGGAAAUGUCAAGUCAAACAAACGCCGGCAACAACGCGACUGCCAGCGGUAAUGGCUACGGCUCGCUGAGCAGUGCCAAUUUGGGUGCUUCGAGCUUGACCUUGAAGAACUUGAUCGCAAGAAUCGAUAUGAAGCGCACAAUGGUCCAAGCGUCCGAUGCGGAGCUCAGGAGCCUGAUGAGCGAGGUUCGUAAGAAUCGGAGUAAAUGGGCCAGCGAGGACAAAAUUGGCCAAGAAGAACUCUACGAGUCUGCGGACAAAGUCCUGAGUGAGCUCAAGGCGAUGACCGAGCACUCGACUGCAUUUUUGACCCGUGUCAACAAGCGCGACGCCCCUGACUACUAUAGUAUCAUCAAGCAUCCGAUGGACCUGGGCUCAAUGACGAAGAAGCUGAAGGCGUUACAAUACAAGUCGAAGCAGGAGUUUGUCGAUGAUUUGUUUCUGAUAUGGUCCAAUUGCUUCAAGUACAACACAAAUCCGGAGCAUUUCCUUCGCAAGCACGCCGUGUGUAUGAAAAGAGAGUCGGAAAAGCUGGUGCCUCUCAUUCCGGACAUCGUUAUCCGAGAUCGUGCCGAGGUGGAAGCAGAGGAACGCAGACUUCAGCUUGCGGAUAUAGACGGUGGGGAGGAAAGUGACGAUGAGCCGAUCAUGUCCUCUCGAGGUCGGAAGGCCCCAGGCAAAUCAGCUUCUAAAAAGGGCACCGCACCCGCUCGGACUUCCUCUGGUGGCUCGGAACCCCCUGCGGGAUCGUCUUCCCAGCCGCCACCGCCCGUUAGGUCUGACUCGGACGUCGCCAUGGAAGGAGUUCAGAACGGCUUCGCGACGCCACCCCCCCCUGGAACACAGACACCGUCAGAUCCCGUCGGCGCCGGUGCUGGUGUCUCUGCUAGCCAGGGUGACUCCAUGGAGAUCGAUGGUCUCAUUCCUGCUGCGAACAUCGCUCCGAGUGCUUUGUCUGCUCCUGGUGUCGAACUCGAAGAUCCCGAAUAUAAAGUGUGGAAGCAGGUUACUCAGAAAGAUCGAGCUGUCAUCGCCGCCGAAAGACAUAGGCUCUUCAAAGGUGACAAACUAAAGCCCGAUGAACCAGCUCUGCUGAGGACCAAAGCCGGCAUGAGGAGGUGGAUGAGGAAUCAGAAGGAUGUCAGCGCGGAAGGCGACAAGGCGCGCGAAUCAGCGUCGCAAGUCAUGGAGCAAGACGCAGCGGGCGAGACCCUGGCGGAAGGCAUCGAAGUCGACGAGGAUCGCGUUGUCCCAGAUUAUUACGAUGUCAUGUCUGCUAUUCCCGACCUCCCUGGGAAUCUACUCUGGAGAGAGGAUGCAAGCGGGAACAUCAUUGACGCCUCUGAGGAAUUUUUGCGAGUCCUUCCCAAAGGGGUCUUCACUGAACCAGACAGCAAGCUCUCUCGGAAAAUGGAUGCGAACAUGCGCCAGAUGCAGGAAACCCGAAAAAUCUGCUCCAAGGUGGGCAUCGUGAAACAGAUGCAGUUGCAGUCGCAGAUGUACCAAAACCAGUUUCAGAAAUACAACCCAGAGCCAUUCGUCGAGCAAGACAUCCCACCACAUGUGAUGAACGAUGAAGGACCGGUGAUUUCUCCUUGGGUCUGCAAGGCGGCUUUGCAGCGCUCAGUCGCCAAGAUCUUUUACCAUACCGGAUUUGAGGAAUACCAGCCGUCAGCACUUGAUUCGGUUGCUGACAUCGCCGCUGAUUUCUUCCAAAAGAUCGGCGAAACGCUGAAAUCGUACAUGGAAACUCCCAAAGUCCCAGUUGGCGACGGAGUAGAGAAUACCUCUGCUGCGUCCCAGUGGAAGCGUCCUUACACGGAGCCGGAAAUCGUUCUUCACACCCUUUCCUCCGUCGGCGUUGACAUCGAGUCUUUGGAGACUUAUAUCAAAGACGACGUUGAACGGCUUGGGUCGAAGCUUUCAACUGUCCACGAUCGACUGAGAUCGCUUCUUUCCGAGCUUCUGCGGCCUGCCUUGGCAGACGCAGGCGAAGAUGGCUCCAACGCCUUCAACGAUGGGAGCGAGCAAUUCGUCGGCGGAGACUUCGCCGAGGACAUCGACGAAGAUUUCUUCGGGUUCAAGGAGCUAGGGUUGGACAAAGAGUUCGGUCUAGCAACCCUCAGCGUCCCUCUUCACCUCCUGCAGAACCGGAUGUUCACCGCCGCCCAGUCCCAGAACACCAGCUCCACGCAGACCGUUACCAUUUUCCCGUCCCCGGCUCCAUACCCGCGCAUCACGGCCGAAACAGUAUUCUCGCAGAUCGGCCUGGCACAGCAGUUCUUCAGCAACAAACUGCAAGCAAACAGCAACGAGCCUCUGGUCGAAGACCUCGAACUCCCCCCCAAGCAACGGCCCAUGGCCGCCCGUCCGCGUCUCCCAGCAUCCGGCCGAAUCCCGCCCCCGUCAGGCCUCCAGGGCCCAAGCUCAAGUCCGCAGAAGCGACCUCCUCCACCCAAUUCUUUCCCAGGUGGCGCCAAAUCUGGCCAAUCGGAACCUAGCAAGAAGAAGGCUAAGAAGAAUAGUGGGAGUGCGGGCGCCCCCGGGCCAGGCGGCGAUGGGGAUGAAGCCACUACCGGUAUGGAUGGCACUAAAGAUGCAAACUCGACAUUGGAAAACGGGAAGAAGGAACCGUCCACUGAAGAUGCCUCAGCCGCCCCGUCAAACGACAUCCCCAAUGCAAAGGGCGGAGUAGAUCGUUCUUCUUCCGGCGCUGCUGGCGCCGAGAACGACGCAUCAACCUUUGAUCAAGCCAAAGAUAACGAUAGUGGACGUCUCACGAAUGGCACAGUGAGAGAUGCCUCAUAA